CACACACACACGAUCUGGUUGUUUGGGUGUUCGUGUCUUUUACCGGAUCACCUCUGUGAAUUCACACCUGUUCUGAGUGUCAUAUUCUCAGUCAUCCUGGCAUCACAGACUCAACCGGAUCAGCCAAACCACCACACGGGUAUUCUCACAAGGCUGGGAUGGAUGGUUUGAUCCCAGGAGCUGGAGACACUGUAGUCCUGGUGAGAUGUCAUUGAGCGGCAACAAAAGCCAGUCUUUUCCACUCGGACUGCCUCUGCCCCUGAACAGCACCAGCUCUCAGUAUUCCCAACCAUGGGAGGAGGGUGGAAGCAGUUAUGAGACGGUGCAACAGUGGAACAAAACGCAGCUCCUCUCAGACCUUUCUGUUCUGGAGAAUAAUGAGCAUUGUCACAUGUCACCUGUCCUGACAGCGUUCCUGGUAAUGUGGUACUGUAUUACGAUGGUGCUGGGGCUGGUGGGGAACAUCGGCCUCAUCUGCAUCAUUACCCGUCGCAGAGAAAAGGUCAACGUCACCAGCAUUUUCAUCUGCAACCUGUCCUUCUCUGACAUUCUGGUGUGUGUGUUCUGCCUCCCCUUCACCAUCGUAUACACACUCAUGGACCACUGGGUGUUUGGGUCACUGUUAUGCCGCCUGGUGCCGUUCAUCCAGUGUGUGUCUGUCACCGUGUCCGUGCUAUCUCUGGUGGUCAUCGCUCUAGAAAGACAUCAGCUGAUCAUUAACCCCUCAGGAUGGAGACCUAGCAUUAUCCAGGCCUACAUGGCGGUCAUUUUCAUCUGGAUCCUGGCCUGCUUCACCUCCCUGCCAUUCUUAGCUUUUCAGCUGCUCACAAAUGAGCCCUACGCCAACGUACCCCUGCCCAAUCCUCCGCUCCCUCAGCACGCCUCUCUUUACUCCAAACUUCAGCAUUAUCACAAUGCAACACUCCCACAAUCUACCUUCUACAUGUACAAAAACUCAUCUGCGCUUCCAAAUUUGUACCACUCCCUGCUUCGUUAUGUUCCCGCCACUCCACAUCUGGAAGCCUGCUUGGAGCAUUGGCCAAGUCAACAACAGAGGCUAGCUUAUACCACGUGGCUCGUGCUCUUCCAGUACUGCGGCCCUCUCCUGCUUGUCCUGCUCUGUUACAUUCGGGUAUUUGUGCGCCUACGCCACCGCAAAGACAUGUUGGACCGUGCCAGAACGCCAGAAAGCGUUCGCAUGGCACACAGUCGCCGCAUCAACAUCAUGCUCGCCGCCCUCAUAACGGCGUUUGCUCUUUGCUGGCUGCCGCUCACCAUCUUUAACGUAGUGUCAGACUGGAACCAGGAGGCUCUGCCUGUCUGCCACCACAACCUGCUGUUCUCCCUCUGCCACCUGCUGGCCAUGUCAUCCACCUGCAUCAACCCAAUCAUCUACGGCUUCCUCAACUCCAACUUUCGGCAGGAGGUGAGAGAGGUGCUGCUGUUCUGCCAGUGCCGCACGCUAAAAAAAGCGUGUGACCGUUUCCCCGUGAACACUGUGCACAUGGAAAUGUCGCGCACCUCUGAACCUCUCACCCACACGUGCUACUCUAUCGACACCACAACCUAAAUGACACUGCCGUCACAGGAUGUAGAAAUCACUCACUGUGUAGUUUUAAGCCUAACGUAUAGUGUAAAAGUUUUCACAGUGGUUUAAAGUGAAGUGUGAGGUACAUUAUCAAGGUAUCUUAUUGUACAACCAGGUGUAAUUAUCCGAUGUGUUUGAUUAAAAAUAGCUUUUGAAAAGAAUGCCCAAUUUUAAUCUAAGCUAUGUGUCCCUGUUGUGUUUCUUACUGCACACGUGUUACCUGUCAUGUUAUUGUCAUGGCAGAAGGACACACAUGCAUGCACAUACUGAAGAAUAGUAAAUGCAUUUUGUGACAAAGCAGGCGCAUUUUAUUUAGUGCCGGUGAUUAUUGAAUGUGCUGCAGCUUCCUGUUGGCUUUGUAUUUGUGGCAGUUGUGUUUUAAACCUGGUUCUGCAACAAAUUUAAAGACAUUGUGUUUAUGUCAAUUAGAGGUCAAUUGCGACAAAUUUUCAACACUGUCAAUUAGGAAUUUCAGCAAUUAUAGUACGAGACUUUCAGUGUGCAUAUAUUAAAAUGUGCUACUUUUUGUUGUAUGACAGGAGGUUUUU